GGUGAUCACCUACGAGUGCUGUCCUGGUUAUGAGAAGAUUCCCGGAGAGAAGGGCUGUCCUGCUGCGCUGCCUCUGGUGAACAUCUACAACACUCUGGGCGUGGUCGGAGCCUCCACCACUCAGAUGUACACUGAACGAGCCAAACUGAAGGAGGAGGUCGAAGGUCCCGGAAGCUUCACCUUCUUCGCCCCGAGCAAUGCAGCCUGGUCCUCACUGCCGACUGAGAUCCUGGACGCUCUGGUGAGCAACGUGAACAUCGAGCUGCUGAACGCUCUUCAUUACCACAUGGUGAACCGCCGACUGACCUCCGAGGAGCUGAAACACGGAUCCUCCUUCAACUCCAUGUACCAGGACUUCCCCGUCCACAUCCACCACUACUCUAAUGGGAUUGUGACCGUGAACUGCGCUCGUCUGAUCAAACCCGACCAACACGCCACCAACGGCAUCGUGCACGUGGUCGACCGUGUCAUUACCGCCAUCUCCAACAACGUGCACACGCUCAUCGACGUCGACGACGACCUGGAGACUCUGCGUACUGCGAUGGCCGCUGCCGGUCUGACCGCCAUGUUGGAGAACGAGGGUCAGUACACCAUCUUCGCUCCCACAAACGAGGCAUUCGAGAAGAUUCCUCAGGAGACCCUGAACAGGAUCCUGGGAGACCCCGUGGCUCUGCGAGACCUGCUGAACUACCACAUGCUGAAUCAAAUGCACUGCGCGGAGUCGAUCGUGACGGGGGCUCCGAUGGAGACUCUGCAGGGCACCGUGCUGGAGGUCGGCUGUGACGGAGACCAGAUGACUCUGAACGGGAAGGCCAUCAUCACCAAGAAAGACCAGCUGGGAACCAACGGGGUCAUCCACUACAUCAACGAGCUGCUCAUCCCUGACUCAGCUAAAGUUCUGCUGGAGCUGGCUGAAGGGUCAACUGUCGCUACUGCAGCCAAGCUGUUUGUUGAAGCCGGUCUGACCUCCCACCUGACGGGCUCCGAGCCCCUGACCAUGCUGGCCCCUCUGGACGAAGCCUUCAAAGGCAGUCUGACGAUGACGCCUGACAUGAGGAGGCUGAUGAACAAUCACAUCCUGAAGGAGCAGCUGUCCUCUAAGUCUCUGUACGACGGCCAGGAGCUGGAGACGCUGGGGGGCCUCAAACUCCGAGUCUUCGUCUACAGAAACAACCUGUGCAUUGAGAACGCCUGCAUCGCUGCUCACGACAAGACGGGACGCUACGCCACCAUGUUCACCGUGGACAAAGUCCUCACUCCACCCAUGGGAACCGUCAUGGACGUCCUGAAGGCAGACGACCGCUUCAGCAUCCUGGUUGGAGCCGUCCAGACAGCAGGUUUGACGGAGCUGCUGAACCAGCAGGGGGCGCUGACCUUCUUCGCUCCCACCAACAACGCCUUCAACGCCAUGUUGCCGGCCGAACGCAACAAGCUGAUGCGUAACCGUCAGGAGCUGUCAGGUGUGCUCAGGUAUCACCUGGGGGAGGGCAUGUUGGUCAGCGGAGGAGUCGGGUCUCACACCAGAGUCCAACCUCUGCAGGGAGACAAGCUGGAGCUGGGCGUGCGGAACUACACGGUGUACGUCAACAAGGUGCCGGUGGCCGACGCCGACCUGAUGGCCACGAACGGAGUCGUCCACGCCGUCAACAGUAUCAUCAAGCCUCUGCCUCCGAAGGUGGACCGAGAACAGGCCGACGCUCCUGCAGCUCCUCUCAGAGCCGCCGCCGCCUCCAGGGCUGACUCCAAGAGCUUCAGGAACGACGAUCUCUUCCAGAAGGUGCUCAGCAGCCGCUCCAGCAGGACGAUGAACCAGAGUCAGUAAAAGAGGAGAGGAAGACGUCAGCGGAACAUCUGAGGAACCGAAGAACAGAACGUGUUCCAGACCCCAAAGAGGGUCAAAGGUUACAAAUCUUAAAAUGAAAAAUCCCCCUGAAAUCCUGAAACGCUGCAGUUCGUCUGAGUCUGAGAGCAGAGCGGUGUCAUCCAUCAGAAACGCCAAACAGUGGAGCAGCGAAGCGCUGCAGAGAGCUGGGCUGCAUCAGUAAUCUGCUUUCAGUGAGAUGAAACACAGAACAAACACAGGAUUAAAACCUUCCUGCUGUAUAAACUGUAAAUAUACAGGAGCAUCUCCGAAAAGUUGGAAUAUGGUGGAAAAGUUCUUUGUAAGAGUUCAAAGGAUCAAUCAGCUGAUCAGAGCUCGUUUCUGUGUUAUAAAUUCUUUGUUCUAACAUUCAAAUACAUUUUGAGAUACUGUAGUUUUGAUUUCCAUCAGCUGUGAGCCGUAAUCAUCAAGAUUAAAACAACUCAAGGCCUGAAAUAUUUCACUCUGUGUAACGAAUCUAGAAUAUAUUAAAGUUAUGGAAUAAAUUCAACUUUUCUACGGUCCUCCAAUUUUUUAGAUGCACCUGUACAUUUAUACUAUACAGAGUAAAUAUACUGUAUAUUACUCCUGUGGCCGCUUUCACUCAGAGAUCCCACAAUAAACGUGGAAAGAAUUUAUUUUUUGUGAGAUAAACCCGCAACCGUGUUUGCUUCCACAUAGUGCUCUGGCUUUCUGGGUUACCUCCACUGAGUCCGCCUACGCCUCAUCUCGACAGUUGUCAAAACAAAACACCCUAUGCAGACUCCCGAUCGUAAAACAACAACCACUUGAAACAGACAAAAAAGAAACUACGUAGCCUAGUUAAUCGUAGUAGAAGCACAAAAUCAAGCACUGAUUACCAAAUCAACAAAAUCUAAACGUGUCAGCAAAACCAGGCAGGCAAAAUGCUCUUAUUCUGAAAUGCCUCCCUGUGGAUAUGCAGCCCGCAGGCGACAAAACAGACCGAAGGUAGUAGAAGCACCAAAAUGACAAAUAAACAACAAGUCAAUGCUGAGACGCUUCCAGUUGACCGGGGGACCUAACAAAACCGUGGCGCAGCCAGAGUCGUUGGACUUUGGAGUUAGACCGUUAAAAAAAGACCACGACUUAUAACACAACAGCUUGAAAUGUCCCUCCUGUUCCGGCGUGCCGGCUGUGACUUUUCACACAGACGUCAUUCACACAGACAUCAAAGGGAGGUCCUAUUUGAUCCGCCUCUGAGCGGGGAAUGUUGGUAGUAACAGAGGUGGAUCAAAUAGGACCCCCCUUUCCGGCUCGGUACCUUUCUCACAGCGCAGCGAGCCGCCAUGUUGGCGUGAUGAUCCCGUUGUUCCAGCUGUUUCACUGAAGUUUAUUGAUCAGCUCACAGCGGCCCAUAGAAGCCUGAGCGCCUUUGCCACGGGUUUCGCCUCUCAGGCUGUAACUCACUGAUUGUAACUAACUCUGUUAGUUUGUUACCCAAACGGUAGAAAACGAGUCAGACAGCUGAUCAGCUCAGAACAUAUUGCUCAGACUGAACAGUGUGAGAGGAUCUGAGGGGGAUUUUUCUUCUUCUUCUUCAGUUUGUGCAGAAGAUGAACAUUUGUUUGUGGAGAAGUUGUUGAAUAGCUUUUUUUACUUUUUACUUUUUACUGUUUUCGGUGUAAAAAAACAAAACCAAAUGUGACUUUCAGCGAGUGUCCAAAGUUUGACCUUCCACAUGUGGAACCCUUUUGUAAAGUGUGUGUUUGUGGUUGUUGUUGUUGUUGUUGUCCUGCAGCAUGUCGGCAGGUUUGAGCUCCAAACAAACAAACAAACAAAGUGACCUGAUGGAUGUCCGGAGCUUUUUCAGGAGUUUCUACUUUGUUAGUGUUUUGUAAAAUAAAGCUGAAAAAUGAGCUCUGAAA